AUGCUUCGUCAAAUAAAACCCCGUAAUGCGCGCUCCAAGCGUGCCCUCGAGAAGCGCGAGCCCAAGGCCCAAGAAAACCCCAAGACAGCGCUCUUCCUCCGCGGAACGUCGUGCUCGCAAGUGACACAAGAUGCCCUGAAUGAGCUCUACCAGAUGCGCCAGCCGCUGGCCAAGCGCUUCGUGAAGAAGAACGACGUCCACCCCUUCGACAACACCGACUCGCUCGAGUUCUUCUCGGAGAAGAACGACGCCUCCAUCCUCGUCUUUGGCCACACCUCCAAGAAGCGUCCCAACGCCCUCACCUUCAUCCGCACCUUUGGCUUCAAGGUCCUCGACAUGCUCGAGCUCUACCUGGACCCGGAGUCCUUCCGCACUCUCGCCCAGUUCAAGGGCAAGAAGGUGCCCAUCGGUCUCAAGCCCAUGCUCGUCUUCGCAGGCACCGCCUGGGACAGCCCCAUCGCCAACGAGUACACCCACGCCCGCAGCUUCUUCACCGACUUCUUCCGUGGCGAGCAGACGGACAAGAUCGACGUCGAGGGCCUGCAGUGGAUUGUCUCCAUCACCGCCGACGAGCCUACGACCGCCGGCGAGGGUGACGUCGCCGGUGCUAAGCCCACCAUCCGCCUCCGCGCCUACACCAUCAGCACCAAGCGCAGCGGCUCCAAGGUGCCCCGCGUCGAGGUCAACGAGAUCGGCCCCCGGAUGGACUUCCGCGUCGGCCGCAUGCGCGAGCCCGACGAAGCCAUGCUCAAGGAGGCCAUGAAGAAGCCCCGCGGCACUGAGGAGCGCACCAGGAAGAACAUCACGACGGACGGCAUGGGUGACAAGAUGGGUCGCGUGCACGUCGGUCGCCAGGACCUCGGCGAGCUGCAGACGCGCAAGAUGAAGGGUCUGAAGCGCAGCAGGGAUGUCGCGAGCGAGGACGAGGGGAGAAGGGCGACGCGGAGGAGAAGCCCAAGAAGGGCCGCAAGGAAUGAAUGCUGCGGCAGUAGUAGUCUUUGGUGA